UGAGGAUUUUUGUAACUCAUUACAGUUUGUAUGAAUGAUCAACCAAAACCAAAUGACUGUGAGCUGUGAUUCUCAGGGGAGUUUGCUUUUCAUACAUAUUCAGGUUUUGAAGCUUUUUAAGUCAUUACACAGAACACGGCAAGAAGUUUUUAAAAAUGAUACCAAAGCACUUGAAGCUGCAAGACAAAAGAUAAAUGAAGAAUUCAGAAAUAACCGAGACGAGACAUCAGAAGAGAAGAUUAAUGAGCUUCUGAAAAUAGCUUCAGAUGUUGAAGUGAUUCUCAGAACUUCUGUUAUUCAGGCAGUUCACACAGAUUCUGACAAAAUAGCAAUUUCUGUUUCAGGUUAUGCUGCGUAAAAUUUGUGACACAGUGAUUACCUCGAUGCAAAGUCUGUCAUCUGAGAUCCUGAUUCCUGGUUUAGAAGUUCUUUUAUCUUGCAGUGAAAAAGAGAAGUAGUAGGUGGGCUCAGCAUACAGCUGUGCUGUAGAGAAUACAGGAAAUCUUCAGCUGUGUACAUUGUUUCCUUUUACUUCCGUUUAUUGUUGUCUGUUAAGUUUUGCACCAAUUUUCAGUUUUAGGUUCGGUAAAACAUUUAACUUUAAAACAGCAAUUAUAAUCAAGGCCAAAGAUAAGUCUGGACCAGUGUCAAGUCUUCCACAGUGGUUCCAGGCAGAUAAGAGUUGAAGAAUAGAAGCAGACAAAAUGAAUUUGCACCUCUUUCAACUGUUCACACCUGGCACCACUUCCUCAGUCAGGGAUGUUUUCUGGUUUAAUUAUCUUCAAUGGGCUUGUCUUCAAUUACUUUUCAUUUUCAUCAAGCUGUUAAUUUUUAAUCAUUAAAAAAAGAAUUUUUAAGUCCUUUAUUCCCUCCUUUUUGUUCACUUCCCCAGUGAAACAGCUCUCAGAAACAACAGGUUUUUUGUCAUUAUUCUUGCUAUUCACUGCACAGUGUGGGCAAGGAGGCAUUUAUACACACAAUAUGGCACAAUAAUGUUUUCUCUUUUCAUUUUUAACUGGAUUCCUGCUAAUAGUCACUGCUAAUUCUAAAUUUAAGUUUUGGCUACCACACAUACAUGUUAGGUACUUAUUUUUACAAAAUUGUACUCAUUAAACUCAUCAGAGUGGUCAUAAUCAGUUUUGAACUUAUCAUUUAUUUUUUGAAGUUAGUAUUUUUCUUGACCUGUCUGCAUUGCAUGUCUUAGGGUGUAAUUUUGUCCAUCAAUUUACUCAGUCAAGUCUUGCUAUUUUUCAUGGUAAGACAUUUCCUUAAUGAAAUUGUUCAGGAUUGUACAAUUAAAAAUGUUUUCU